AUGGAGGAAUUCACCAGUUUACUGGAUAUGCUCUCUCCAGAUAUGGCUGAUGGUCUUCUGAAACAAAUGAAUCCAGUUGACAUAAUCGAGCUAUCAAAUGUAUCACCACAAUGGGAACAUGUAGUAAAAUCCAAUCAAACUGAAAUCAAAGAGGUUCAUGUCAACUUAGAAGGAAUGGAAUAUCAUUGGAGAGAAAAGACAUGUGCGAUUCUGGGAAUUAAACCGGUUCAACGCAGUUUUGUACACUUUCUUUUCUAUUACAGAAAGGAAGAAGAAUUGAAAAAAAUGUUGGAGGAUCCGGAAGAUCCAACUUUUGUUGAGAAAGUUUUUGAUGAUGAAACUUUCGUAUGCCAAGUUCGCCAAACCAAUAUCCAAGUCUUCACACCAAAUCCCAAACUUGCUCUUUUCAAUGUGAUUGAUCAUAUGCUCCGUCUCUUCACAGGCACAAUUCACAUGGUGAACAUUGCUGACUGUCUGCCAGUUUAUGAUGAUAUUAUAAUCCCGAUUCUGAAAAAGAAACAAGUGAAUAUGUGCAAAAAGAUAAUGUUUCCGUUCUCCGUUGAGCCUGUAUCCAAUGCUCUUGCAUCGAGAGUGAUGGCGAUUCCGAAUUUGCACGCCAUGGAGUGUCUUUUCAAGUUUCCUGAUGACUUUCGGAGUAACAAGAAAAUCACAAUUCCACAUGUCAGAAUCGGAUCUUCCGCAUGGAUGACUCGUCACUAUUUCUUGAACAUGGAUUGCGAAAACAUAGUAUUGACUGAUUCGAACUUCGAUGGGAAAGAUAUGAAUGCAUUUGUGAAAAACUGGUUGGAAGGAGACAACAAAAAAUUGAGAAGAAUGCAGCUGACUUGGUGUAAUCCAGUGGACUGGAAAAGUAAAUUUCAAAAUCAUAUAAUGGAUGGAAUCAAGGGAAACAAAUGGAAACCAAAGGAUAAAACCAGAUCUCGAUAUUUCAAAAUCAGAAAAGGCCAAAUCGAUUGCUCAUCUGGAAUAGAUAUCACACGUUCAGAUGGAGCAUUUGCAACAAUAAUGAGAGACAAUUACUCAUUUUCCUUCGUCGUCUGGAACUAUCCGGAAACAACAACUUCUUCUUCUUCUUGA